CUGCAGGGUCAGAUGGCUUAGCCUUUGCCUCACCCAAGGGACCAAAAAAUGUUACCAGGCUGGAUGGAGAGCAGAAUACGUGAGCUGAAACCUCAUUGGUUGAUAAAUACAGUGGGCGGGGCAUCCUGGCUUGUGUAUAUAGCGCUUUGUUCCAUUGUUGCAGAGUGUCUUUUCCAGUUGGUCUGGCUCUGGUGGGGGGACCCACCGUUGGAGGACACCAUAGCACUUAUUUUUUAUUUUAUUUUUUACAAUUGGAUCCUCUUUUUUUGUUUGUUUGUAAAGAUGUCUUUUUCUUGCAAUCACUCCCUGGACGGCAGCUUUCCUCCUCCUCCAGUGGAGGACAGGGGGCCAAAGCGACUGUCCUGGGGCAGUCUGCUGCAGAGGCUGAAGGAGCUGAAGGGGAUCAAUCAGAGGAUCACAGCUGACCUUCAGUUGAGCAGAAGUGAAACCAGAUCUGUGGCAGACCUGUCCCUGUCAGAAUCAAACAGCAGUUUCUUCUGUUAUCCCCUGGAGGAAGCCCUGGCUACUGAGGUCGUAACAACAAUGACACAAAGUCUCAAUGACGCCUCAAACAUCCUGGGCUGCUCCAAACUCAUCUUACCUGACUAUCUACUGCACAAUAUCAGCCAACAGCUGCUGCACCUGGCUGUCAGCGAGCCAUGCGGCCUCAGGGGAGCGCUCAUUGACCUGUGUGUUGACAGGGGGGGCCAGGGCGCCCCAUGUACUGUGGACCAAAUAGCAGUGGAUGCCACCCUGGUCCCAACCUUCCACGUGACCCUAGUGCUGAGGCCCGAGUCCAGUGGACUGUGGUCAAAGGUUCAGAAACUCUUCAAGGGUAGAAAGUCACCAGAGACAUCUGCAAGGCACCAAGAAAUUCUGAGGUUCAGUACGAGCUUUAGGGCCAUCAAGAGGAAACUGUAUUGUUCAGGGGCGCUGCUGAUUGAGGAGUGCUGCUGACCAAGCACUCCUGUCCCUGAUUAGCUGAAGUGAAUUCACAUGUAGGCCGACUGUAGGAGGAGGCUGGUGGGUUAAAGCUUAAAUCAGUAAAGAUUCAUGUCUGAACAUGGGUCAGUGUCUUUCUAUUAAUGUAAAGUCACACCCUUAAAAGAACAACUUGUGUAUUUGAUAGUCAAAUAUGACCUGAAACGUGUGUUUUGUAUAUUCAACCUAAAGAACAUAAACAAAUAAAUUAUUUUUUUAUGAAAAAAA